CGCAGCUGACAUAACGACUGGGCUCCUUUUCCGGUGUAAGCUGGAAUGUUCUGCCUGAGCGUCAACUUCUUUCAUCUUUCAAUCCAGCCCACCUUCUCUUCGACACAUGUGUUGCUUCCCACACGCCGGAGCUUCGUUGUCGGCGCCAGGCGACGUAUGGCCGCUGCUUGUGGGAAGUCCCGUCUGGCUGUCGACUGAACGCACAAUGCAGGCCUAGCUCGCCUUAGCAUCGCUGCUAGCUGGCGGAACAACCUCAAGUAUCUCAUCAUAUCUGCCGAUAUCUCAUCAUAUCUGCCGAUAUCUCAUCAUAUCUGCCGAUAUUUCAUCACAUCUGCGGGUAGCUCAUCCUAUCUGCUGCUGCGGGGACUCCAAGAGAGACGUCGUUGAACUGUGCGAGGACCUCCUUUCAGCCAUGACUUCUCAGCUGCAAGUCUUCUCUCCUCCCUCCAUCUCCUCCAGUGCCUUUUGUCGCGUUAAGAAGCUGAAGGUGGAGAGCAAUGUCUGGGAUGUGUCCACUACUGAAGCGUAUAGUUCCUUAGCAGGCCAGUCUGCAUACACCUUCACUCCGGCCAUGGCCGUGCCCCCCUUUGCACCGUCCCUGGUCUUCCCCCCGACCGCGUCCGGGUCUCGGGGUCAAGUGGUGGUCCGCGCAGCUGACAGCACUGGCAGUCUUCCUCGAGGCUCCAGUCGACGCGUGGCGGAGCAUGCCACGUCCUCCUCCUACGCUCAUGUGGAGACGGCCUCGGAAACCAGGGGAGCACAUCGCCACGGGCACAAGCGCAAGAUGGAGGAGACCCACGAGGGCAGCGGGAGCGGCUGUGGCAGUGUGCAAAUUCUGGAGGAGCUGUCCGCCCCGGCGGCGACGUACUCCACUCGCACGGGCGGCGGAGGCGGAGGCACGGGUCAGUCCAUACCUCACUCGGCUCCCACCACAAAGAGCAGUAGCUCCAACGGCGAAGGCGACUAUCAGCUGGUGCAGCACGAGAUCCUCUGCUCGGUGACCUGCAGCUACGAAGUCUUGGAAUUCUUAGGGAGGGGCACCUUUGGCCAAGUGGCCAAGUGCUGGAAGAGGGGUACCAAUGAGAUUGUGGCUAUCAAGAUUCUCAAGAACCAUCCUUCAUAUGCACGCCAGGGACAAAUUGAGGUGGGCAUCCUGAACAGGCUGAGUGCAGAGAAUGCAGAUGAGUACAAUUUUGUGCGUUCCUACGAGUGCUUCCAGCACAAGGGUCAUACCUGCUUGGUGUUUGAGAUGCUCGAACAGAACCUUUAUGACUUUCUGAAGCACAGCAAGUUCAGCCCACUACCUCUGCGACACAUUAGACCAAUCCUCCAGCAGGUGGCAACAGCACUUAUGAAGCUGAAGAGCCUGGGACUUAUUCAUGCUGACCUCAAGCCUGAGAACAUCAUGCUGGUGGAUCCUCUCCGGCAGCCUUACAGAGUGAAGGUCAUUGACUUUGGAUCUGCGAGCCAUGUGUCCAAGGCUGUGUGCUCAACGUACUUGCAGUCCCGCUACUACAGGGCUCCUGAGAUCAUUUUAGGUCUCCCAUUCUGUGAGGCCAUUGACAUGUGGUCUCUAGGCUGUGUGAUUGCAGAGUUGUUUCUGGGUUGGCCUCUCUAUCCCGGAGCUUCCGAGUACGACCAGAUCCGUUACAUCUCUCAGACUCAAGGCCUGCCAGCUGAGUACCUAUUGAGCGCAGGCACCAAGACAAGCCGCUUCUUCAAUAGAGGCCCUGACUCCAGUUAUCCGCUUUGGAGGCUUAAAACACCAUCAGAGCAUGAAAUGGAGAUGGGCAUUAAAUCCAAGGAGGCAAGGAAAUAUAUCUUCAACUGUUUGGAUGACAUGAUGCAGGUCAAUCUCUCAACUCAUUUGGAGGGGACGGACAUGCUGGCUGAGAAAGCUGAUAGGCGAGAGUUUAUAGACCUCCUGAAGAGAAUGCUCCGUCUGGAUGCUGACAAGAGGAUCACACCUACAAAGACUCUGGGCCAUCCUUUCGUCACAAUGAGCCACCUCAUGGAUUAUCCCCACAGCUCCCACGUGAAGUCUUGCUUCCAGAACAUGGAGAUCUGCAAGCGCCGGAGCACCUACGACAGCAACAAGGCCCUCUACUCCACAAAUGCAGUCCCCAACGCUGCAGCAGGCAACCUGACUGUUACUUUCAGUAGCCAACUCAACCAGCAUAACCAGGUGCCUUCUGCGGGGGGAGCGGUGCCUUUGCUAAAUUACCAGCCAGCGCUGUACCAGCAGGCAACCAUCAACAUUCCUGGCCUGACGCAACAAAGUGUACCUAUUCCAACACGUCCUGCUGGACUGUGUAGCCAGACGGAACCCUUCCAACAGACUCUCAUUGUCUGCCCACCCUCCACAAUCCAAGGCCUACAGUCGUCAAGCAAGAGCUCCAGUUUCCCUGUUAGGAUGGAUAACUCUGUACCAAUGGUACCUCAGAACCAGCCUGCUCAGUCAUUGCAGAUCCAGCCCAGCAUGCUCACACAGGGUUCCUGCACCCCACUGAUGGUGGCCACCCUGCACCCACCCUCAUCAGGCAUAGCCUCCCAGUAUUCUCUACCAGUUGGGCUGGGCACCGGGGUGGGCCGGCCCACCCUUUUGGAGCACACAGCCACUGUGCUGCAGGCCUGGCCCACUGGAACUCAACAGAUCCUCAUCCCAUCAUCUUGGCAGCAGGUCCCGGGCGUGGCCAUUCACAGCGCCGCUCACCAGGCAACUGUUGCCGAGUCACCACGACAAUCCCAUCACUUGGAUGCUGCUGCUCAGCAGGCACACAACUGGAGGAACACAGCACAAGCCAAGACUCAGCCAGAGAGGAAGAAGGUCAAAGCAAGACGGGGAGAGAACAGGAACAGGGGUAUAUCCACGGCAUCGCUGCUCAGCACUAACUGUGUGACAUCAUCCAGCCUCAUGGCCACCUUGUCGCAGCCUAUUGUCAUCUCUGACACCCCCAGCCCAGCAGUCAGCAUCAUCACCAUCCACAGUGACACAGACACAGAAGACGAGCGCAAGUUUCACCCUGCCAGUGUGGCACUGGGCCAGCGCACCAACGUCAUCAGCUGCGUGACCGUGCACGACUCGGACUCCUCCACAGCCAGCCCGCUGACUCCGCUUCCCCGCACGCUACACGCGGCGUCCUCUCGCCAGGCCAAGUGUCUGGCCGUGGUGGCGCCUUCCGUCAAAGUCCACGUGGCAGCUUCACGGAGCCGCCCGGAGACCGUCAACUACAUGAAGCCCAAGAGAAGCUCUAAUCAGCAACCAAGCAGUUCAGGGGAGAACCUGGAGCGUCACGGACUUAUGCUGAGCCAGUCACGUCCACUGAACCUCAGCCAGGUCCAGCCCAUGGUGUCUUCAUCUCAGGAGCGUGCAGUGGUGUCCCACACGGACUCGUCCCUACGCCGCCAGCAGACCUUCGCCCCGGCCGUCUCCGCCUCGCACUACAACUUCCCCGAGGUGUCGGCGCUGGCCUCGGCGGCCGGGCCCGGCCUGUACACCUACCCGGCCUCCACCGCCCUGUCGUCCGCCUCUCAGGUCAUGGAGCAGCUGCUGGGCCGCGGCACCGCAGCUGGACAUUCGCCCUCCGCCUAUGCAGCAACGUACACCUCCUCCUCCUCCAGGCGAGACUCGGCCGGCCGCAAGGACUCGGUCAGCAGUCUGCUGCACGGCCUGCCAGCGGUCUACCAGCAGCAGUUCGCCGCCGCCUCUCCGUACGUGAGCGUGACUCCGCGCGCCGAGGCCUACGGCGCCUACCAGCUGAGCCCCAGACGCCUGACGCAGUACCCCUACCUAUAAGGUCAGACGCCGUCACUUCUUCCUCACCUUUCCAAAAUGAUUUGCCAUCUUCCAUCAGCCACUUUAUCCUGGCGUUGGCGGUGUAAGAGAGACUCUGCUCCUUCCACAAGCCACUCCAGGCCACUUCCUGUCACCUGUGAACUUUGAUUUCCCCACACUAAUCCUGUGAGUUCCCAUGUUUUAGCUAACCUAAGAAUAGCAGAUAUGUCAGUAAGGUAGCAGACAUUUAAAAUGUUAAUUUAAGUGCACGUGUGAUAGUGUGUUCAUGUAGUGUUGUACUUCUUUCCACCUGCAUCAACUGUAGGCUGAAGGCCAUGUUUCCAGUCUUAUUCUCUAGGUUGUAUUCACCCCACCUCAUGAAAUGUGGAGGGCCCUCUGCCAAAAGCCUGCUUUCACUUGGCAGAGUUUCUCAAGAAGAUUUGACAACACCAGUUCGCAGUCACCACUUUGUUCAUUUUUAAACUUUCUUCAUAUUUAAGUAUUAUCUUGAUAUUAUUUGUGUUUUAUCUUCUUUCAGAGUUCUUAUAAACGCAUUUUGCUUCAAGUCUUUGGUAAAGCACCAACUCUGCCAGUCUAAAUAAAAGAGAGCAAAAUGUAGACAACAAUCAUAAAGGAAUCUUUAAGCACAUGCACAAUGUUUACAUCUAUAGUUAUAUUUUCAAUAAAGAUGGGGAAAAGCACGCUACUCGUAAACGGCCCGUGCUGCAACAACAACAAACAAGGCUGUUAACACAUAGUUAAAAUAUAAAUACAACUUUAACGAUGCAUGAUUUACCCAAAAGCGUCUUGAUACCAAUGUCCUUGACCCACCAGUUGUAGACCUCCAAGUUUCAUCUGUUUUGUGGUGUAGUUCAACAUGUCUUGGAACGCCACUGACAGAUAUUCCCUGAUAUCGCGUGAAAAAUCUUGUUGUCGUAGAUUUCGUUGCAGAGUUUCAUUUUAGGCUGCUAUUUGCCUUCAGUGGUAAGAUCUAGACCCCUUGCGUACUCUGCCUGGUUUGGUGGCCCACCACUUUGUUGAAGUCCCGUGACUGAAUACAACCUAUUGAGGAUACUUCAGAUAUCUUGAUGGCAGUUUUAUCCUUACGUUUUAGAAAGUGUCCCUGUUUGAGGGAGGCCUAUUGAUGCUUAUAUCCUCACUGCUGAAGGUGACAAGGAAGGCAGGAGUCCAAAAUAGCAGAGAAAAAGCUCCUCUGUUGCAGACUGCAGUGACUGUGGCUCCAUGUUGUUUGUUUUGUCUUGUAUUGUCGCAGUACUUAACUGUCAUUUCACCUUAUUCUAGAAGUUCAAAAUGCUACUUGUUAGGACUAAUUCAGGGAAAUGUUUCUGUUCAGAAAUCCACCAUCACUGUUUGCAAUAAAAUAACCACAAACCCCAAA